UUUGUUUGGUGUUUUUAUUUUAUAUAAAUUCAACCAGGAGCAGAUUUUCAGAUAAAACCAAUACUGGAAAGUGUGGCAAACAGAGAGAGGGACUAAACCAAAAUUCAAAAUGAUGUCGAGAGAAUGAGAAAUUCUACAGUGGAGAAAAUGUAGCGACCUAUUGGACUGCUUACAUGUAUGGGCCCAGAUAUUGAAAUGUAUUUAGGUUCCUAACAGCUACUGAUUUGAGUGCGAGUUAGGAGCCUAAAUACCUUUGAGGAUCUUGUCCAUGUAAUUACAGCACAUACUAGGUCGGCAGCAGAUUAUGUGGUAUGCUACAGUCACAUCGAUGUCAUAAUAGUGCUUGCACAAUCUGCACUGGCUGUCCUGGACAGGACAGACUGAGAGACCAGUUGCCUCUCAGUACGGGAGCUCUUUGGAGAAAGGACUGUCUGGAGGAAGUGUUGAGGAAAGAUUCAAACAUGAAUACAUUUGUGACUGAGCAGGAGGUAACCGACAGAGGUGUUUAUAAUGAGGUUAUUUCCCUCUUGGCACAUAUGGAUGACCAAGAUAAGGACAAAAUUGCCCUCAGGAUUGCCUGUAUAGCUGAGACCAAGCUGGCUAGCAUUGUGACAGUUCUGCUAGAGAAACUGCAACUGGAUGAGCAAAACAGAGUAGACAUUUACUGUAUCCUGGAGAAGGUAUUACAGCAGGACACCGGGGACCUGGAGAGAAAGCUACUGAACAAAACAAUAACCCUAGCCUUAAACCAUAUGAGGGAGACUCAGGAAGCAACAAAUGAAGUAAAAGUGGCAGCUAGCAACACGUUAGUGACUCUGGCACGCUGCUAUUUCAAUCAUGUCAUGUCUGAGCUGCAGUGUCUUCUAGAACCACCGAAGCUGCCUGAAGAAUUUGUUUUAAUUACGUUGGGAAACCUGUCAUCAGCCUAUGCACUUAAGUGUAUCCCUUUUGUGAGAAUAACCCUGAACGCCAUGUUCCACAUGUUGGAGUUAGUCAAUGACAGCCGGAUGAGACAAGCAUUUUGUGGUGUUCUGGAAAAAUGGUCAAGGGCAGUAAAGUCCUGUUUGACUAACCGGGAAAAGUACUCAUUCCCCAGAGUGGGCGAAUUGCGACUCUGCAAUCAUUUUCUUCCCAUCUAUUCUCAUGUGACCAGCAACUGGCUGACAUGUGAGGAGCUGGAGCUCAAGCAGGCCAUCAUCAAAGCUCUUGGUCCCAUGAUGAGUCUCCUGCUAGAUGAAGAUGAGUAUCGGGAUCAGAUAUUUGAACCGAUCCAAUGGCUCCUUGAGCAAUAUAAGGAGGACACUCAUGUUUUUCACAUCACCAAGGUGAGGUACCAGUCCUUAAGGUAACUGUCUAUGUGUCUGCAUGUAUGAACUGCACGAGGAGUUUGCUGCCAGUGGGGUUUCCUGGUUGAGACAGUGACUUGUUAGAAAAUAAAUAUACACACGAGUUCUGGGUUUAUACACAUGGUGAGUCAGACAACAAGAUUUGUAGGUAAAUGCCUCUUAUGAAAAAGCAUCCUCUGUUUCCUGGGGAGGAUGAUAAGGAGAUAGAAAAUAAAACACCUGCCCCCCCCCAACAAGAUACUCCCUCCUUGUGAUUUCCUAGUACAUCCUGUCAACUCUGUGUCUCUCUUUUAGUUCAUAAGCUGCUCAGAGCAGUGGCUGCCAUAUGUUGCCUCUGGUCAGUACCAAGCCAACAGUCAAUGGUUGAAAAUUAAUACUAAGGAGGCUUGAGAGUCAUUGCUUUGGAUUCUGUAACUAGAUGGAUCUAAAGGCAUUGCCUGUCUAUUUCAUCUCCCAUUCCAUGCAGUGCUGUUGUAGCCAUGUUGGUCCCAAGAUAUUAGAGCGCCAAGGUGGGUGAGAUAAUCUAAUUAAAGAUAUUGUCUCACUUCCCUUCUCUCUCUAUUUCAAAUACCCUGAGUACCACAUGAGCAAGAAGAAAGGGGCCAUAUUCUGUCUUCAGUGGGGCUACACAGUUGUAAAUGAAGUCACCAGACAGCUGUAACUUCUUGGUAGUGAUAUUUACUCACCAUCUCUGUUGGUUGAAGCUUUCUGGUACAGAGUAUGUGGUCACAUUUGGGGUUGAAAAACCCAUGAUUUGGAGGGAACCAAUACAUCAUGGACUUGUCUGAUAGCAUCAGGGCACUACACAACUACUUAAAUAUAGUAAAAUCUGUAGAUGGCAUCAAAGACGUUCUGGAAGCUUGAAGCAACAAAGGAGAAAAGUGUUUAGAUGCAGGAAGGAAUUUGAUUUUCAGUCUUUUUAUCAAUAACCUGGCAGAGGACAUAAAAUCAUCCCUGAUAAAGUUGGCAGAUGAGAUAAAAAUUGGAAAGUGCUAAAUAAUGAAGAGGAGAGAUUCAGAGUGAUUUAGAUCACUUGGUAAACUGGGCACAAACAAAAGUGUGUUUAAAACAGCUGAAUGUAACUGUGUGCAUCUAGGCACAAAGAAUUUAGGCCAUACAUACAUGAUGGGGGACCCUGUCCUGGGAAGCAGUGACUCUGGAAAAGAUUGUGCGGGUCAUGAUGAAUAAUCAGCUGAACAUGAACUCAAGCUGUGGCCAAAAAAGCUAAAAAGCAUAAAAAGGAGACUCUCAAGCAGGAAUACAGUGGUUAUUUUAUCUCUAAGUCUGGCACUUGUGUGACUACUGUUGGAAUAUUAUGUCCAGUUCUAGUGCCCAGAACUCAAAAAGGAUGUUGAUAAAUCAGAGAGGAUAUUGACAGAAGAGUCACAGUGA